AUGACGCUCCUCAACGUCAUCCUCUUUGACGAAGUCGCCGAGGUGUUCUUGGCGCGCCGGCCAGCCGCUACGCCAAAGUCCUCGAGUGCUCCCGACCCGAAGCUCCUGCGGGAGAGGCUGCCGUCGCUCGAUGCAGCGCUGGCCGAGACGCUCGAAGGGUCCCUAGUCGAGAUGACGCUGCAGGAGAGCGCCGUCAACACGGCCACCGGCUACGAGAGAGAGCCCAAGGCCGUUCGCAUCGCGUGGUACGGGUCCGCCGACGCGACCCCGCUGCUCACGCGCGUCCUCCAGCGCCACUACAAGGAGAGCAACGUCACGCUCUAGUCGCUGCCACGUGUGUUUGAAC